AUGAUUUGUUCAUGUCUUGUUAUUGUUGUGGAAAGAUUAAACUCCUCAAUGUUUACACAAUGCUUCAAAGCCUUUAUGAGCAUCAAAACAAUUUUUUCAGAUUAUGUCGCCAUCAGCAUUCACAUAAGUCUUAACGAAAUUAAGUCUACAACACAAAUUCUCAAGGUUGGGAUAAAUAUUUCAAAAUGUAUGACUAACAAUUUGUUAUUAGAUAAACUUGCGUG